GUUUCGGUGCAAUCAUCCUAAUUACAUUCACCGAACCAGAUAGAACUUGCAGUUAAUGUUCUAGUUUCAUCGCAGCUCCAACGUUUCGACGACAUUCCUUUAAGUGACUUAAUUCUUGCAGACGACGAGUCUGCAGCACUUCGAUUCAUCCUGUCGCCAGAUCCUAACAAGGGCGACCUUCCGGGGUCUGCCGUUACCACAGAUAUUCCGAUUGAGGCUUUCCCUACCCGCGAUUCCGCCAUGUCGAGCUCAUCUUCAGUCGCUAUCUCGAGCACCCCGCGACAUGUUCGCUCGAGGACUCAAAGCAUUUCGAGCGAUCGCCCAUCUACCGUCGGCCAUGGCCUAAUGUCGCCUCCCCUCUCCGUAACUCCUGAAGCGGUAUUCAUAGCUGCUUCUGCUGCCUCGCAAAUUGUGACAAAUGACCACGAUAGCCAUUCGGAGUCAUGGUACGAUGAAAUGGGAAUUGAGCCUUCGGGAGAAACGGCUUUGGUUUCACAGAGUGCGCUUCAACUCGCCAAUAAUUUCGUUGACCAGAUUCUAUUCAACAUCAUCGGUAUUGCGCAAUCCACUUCGUUAGCCGCUCUACGACCGGCCGUUAGCGAAGUAUUAAAGCCGAAACUUGCCAAGGAUGCCAUCAACAAUGCAGACGAAGAACUUCGAGAAUACCUAGGUGGUGGCGAAGUUGAAGAUUUAUCACAGGCCACAAACACCGAAACACCUCGUGAUUGGGAUCUUGAACUAAUAUGGAAGAGAACGAGAUUACGAUGUAUGGUCUACUCUUCCCUUGGCGAUAUGGAAGAGGAAGAUGAGGAUUACCACAUGGAACAGGAACACCUUAGGGGCGAGUCUGACGAUAUUAUGUCGGAUAUUGUGUCCCCGGCGGUCGCCAUUUUCCUAACCUCGAUUCUUGAGUUCAUGGGCGAACAGGUUCUUGUCAUAGCCGGCCAAGCAGCAUUCAACCGGUUGCGCGUGAAAUACGAAAAGGAGUUAAAGGAGGGUACUCGAGUACCAGGAGAGUAUUUUGAUCGUCUUGUCGUUCAAGAGUUGGACAUGGAGCGCGUUGCUUUGGAUCGGACUCUCGGUAGACUCUGGCGCUCCUGGAAAAAGAGGAUUCGGUCGCCAUCAGAACCCAACUACUCCCGACCCUUCUCGAGAAGCUCGACUGGUGCCACUCAACGGCGUGGAAGUUCAGCGACAGAUCACGUGCAGCCACUUCCUACACCUAGAGACUCCGACCCUGCGCUUGCGGUACAGGAGGAACAAGAUGCAGAGGCCGCCAGCGAGGAAGCGAGUUGUACUUCGGAACAGAAGGUGGCAGAGCCGGCCGAUGUGCCUUUACCAGACAGCGAUGUCGAAGCUACGUAUAGCGAUGAGGAGGAAAGUGAAGAUGAAAGAGAACAUGUAAUACGCCCUAAGAGUUUGGCUAUCUUCUCUCAGUCAACAAAGGCUGCGCUAGCCUCCAUUGGGUCCUCGGCCACGCGUACCCCAAUCCGGCGUGUACGGUCUCUUCCGUUACGAAAAACGCCCCGAUAUCCUUCUCCACCGCCGACGAAUCGCGAAGUUUACCUUCAGGCAUCUAAAGAAUCAAGCCAGAGUGAUGCGGAUUUGAUAGAAAAAUCAGUAUCAGAACCGACAGUUGAAGCUGUCUCCACCAAAGAAGAUGAAGAUGACAGUGCUCAUGCGGAUAAAUAUCCCACGAGGACUAGGGAUUCGACAAGGGAUACGCCGGAACUACAAGCCGCCUUAAGUAAUCUGAUGAUUCCUGAGGGUCUCGCUGGCGCUUUGCCUGUGAUGUCGGCUACGACUAGCAGUGGUACCCCGCAGACUAAGGCUGAAGAGGAGGAAAUUGAUGAGUUUGCUGAAGAACCUGAGAUUCUGACAUCGUCACGAAUAUCUAUUGGAGGGAGCAUAGGUGGAAGAAGCUCACCCGCCACUUCAGAGUCUGGAAGACCUGCUCCCCUGGUGCAUGUGAGAUCCAAUAGCUCACGGUCAGUGCGCGUUAUUGAAGUGCAGAGUCCUCGCAGCCCGACUGCCGGUUCUCGAGGAAGCUCCAUAGAGGUACCGGAGUCUGCCAUGACUAUUCGUAGAGUCUCGACGACUCCUCCAAUCGCCGAGGAGAGUGAUACGAACGAUUCGCCUGCUAUCAAGAGGACCAAUCUUAUCAUUCCAUCUUCAUUUGAGGAUUCUCAAGACGCUAGCCUCCCGAUAAUUCAGCCUCCUCGAAACCCGAGCCCUUUAAGAAGCGUCCAUUCACAGUCGUCUCAAUUAUCAGUACCUACUAAAGUGUCAAUUAUAAGUGGCCCUGAUACCGAAGGAUCUUUCGAAGAGAAGCCAGUAACUCCUUUAAGGGCACCGAGAAAUCCGCCACUGCCAACGCUGCCGGAGAGAAGUACAAGCCGACCAGUUUAUGGGCGAUCAGUCUCCAAUGGUGCGCCAUCUCCGAGGUCUGACCGGCGAGGCUCGCCUGAGUCACCAAAAUUCCCGCGUCCUAUGCCAAGCGAGUCCCCCUCCUCUACCUCAACCAAAUUCAAAGCGGUUCGUACCUCCGAGGACGGCAACUCUCGGCGCUCCGAGGAUAAGGCUCGCGACUUUGAGCAGCUUAUCCAUAGCGGCGAAACUCUGCAAUAUACCUUGACACCAGAAAAUAUGCGCGAUAUUGAUUCGAGUUCGUCUCAGCAUAAUGGAAGCCCCAAGCUUUCUAAUAGAUUCCAAAAGACCGAAGAAACGAGGCUUGCUGAGCGCUCCCGAUCUUCGUCCAUUAAGAGAUCUGCAUCGAUAACGAAGCAGACCAGCCUAGGUUCCCAUCCCCCCACUGACCUGCCCGUUACCGGGAAAUACGCACCAUCUAUCUCGAAUUCAUCUAUAUCAAACCAAUCCAAAGGUCGAUCGGCUGCCGCGCCGCAAGCUAGAGAAGCACGAAUCCCUCGGGAGUCUUUGCAGGACUUCGCCGACUUUAUUCGGUCUACGGGACCGCCAGGAGAACAUAGCGCCAAAUAUAAUCGUGGGAAUACGGGUAUAGGGAACAAGCUUAUGCGCAGUGCCACAGGACCUUCACAUGUGGGGAAGAGCGCAAGCGUCGAUAGCCGGCAGACCAACCCAAGCAUCCGGUCUAACCUCCAAGCAAGAGAUGCUUCUAUUCACUCCUCGAGUGAAAACUCCGACCUCAUAGAUUUUAUUCGACGUGGACCACCAUCCACGAACGGAAACAACCCGCGUAUUCCUCGGCAUGUUGCCCCCUUCCGGACGACUAUGGAUUCGGAUCAAUUGCAGAUGAGCGGAGCAGGUGGAGGCCGAGCAGUCGAUGCUAUAAUCCCCAACAUUCGAAACAGCGAGACGUCCACAAAUUUCACCGAGACAUCGGCCCCUUCGUCGAUGAAUUCCCAAAGCGCGCUUUUAAGUAAGGCAAACAAGAUGCAGCAGUUUACAGGCAAUAACUUUGACGAUGAUGAUAUGGUGCCGAAACGGACAAGACGUAGAGUUCGCGAUCCUUACGCUAUUGAUAUUAGCGACGACGAAUUUGACGACCUGGACAUGACUCCAAAGCCGAAGCCAAAGAAGGAAGAGAGCCUAAUCGAUUUCCUUAACAGUUACCCUCCCCCUCCCGAGCCGACACCACAGCCUAUUGCUAUCCCGAAGAAGAAAUCUAGUGCACCAAACCUAAUAGCUCGUUUGAGGUCAGGCGGUGGUUCCAUCAGCAAAUCGAAUCCUAAGGGGCAUAGCAGCACCGAUUCCAGAUCUCUCAAUAGUCGAGCUGGUAACGGUAAGGCUUACACUCCAAUUGUCAUCCCAGGAGCGGACAAAUAUGGAAGCGAGCCUAGAUCGUCGGCACCAGCACCGGCACCGGUACCCGUACCAAUGGGGGCUCGGCCAAUGAUGGCUGCUGCUCCUUCAGGUCGCGUUCCAAUGAAGAAAUUCGAACCUAGAGAAGCCGUCUCUAAUAAUAGCCGCACAUCCGACCUGGCCAGUUUCCUACGCGAUUCUGAGCCGCCUCCACAACCAGUGGCACGGGUCCCCUCCCCUAUUGAGACCAAGAGCAGCGGAUUUUCCCGCAUGUUUGAACGCCGCAAGAAAUCCACGGCGUAUUAAUGGAUCCUACUCACACUCACGUUUACAUCUUCAUGUAUAAAUUCUCACAUUUCCAACAUUUUAUUCCCACGAGUCGUGUAGGUACCAAG